AAAUGUGAGUUUUUCAAGAAUGAAAUCUCAUAUUGUAGACAUGUCAUUGUCAAGCAUAGCUACAUAAGUCACAAGAGAAGACUGGAAUAUCCGGAAAUAGAUAAACAGAUUGAAGACUUGGCCAAAAGCUGGUCAGUUGAAAAUGCACCCCCGUAGGCAUUGUUACACUAGUGACAGUGGCCGUCAUCACCAUGGUAAAGAGUACAUAUUGACUUUGUCGGGCCAUUCAUGGACUCCAUGUUUCUGAUUGCUGUGGAUGCUCAUUUGAAGUGGCCAGAGGUUAUACCAAUGAAGUCAACCACCUCAGCAAGGACUGUCUCUGCCCUGAGAACUACCUUCACCAGAAACAGCUUACCAGAACAAAUUAUGAGUGACAACAGAUCAUAGUACGUGUCAGAAGAAUUCAGACGUGUUCAUGAAGAAAAAUGGCAUCAGACAUUUCAAGUUAGCUCCUCACCACCCAGCAAUGAAUGGGUUAGCUGAAAGGUUUUUUUUUCAAACCUUCAGGAAGUUCAUUAAAGUGAUGGACAAGGAGGAAAUUUCUCUACAGCCCAAGGUGGACAACUUCUUUUUUGUGUAUCAGGACUCUGUUCACGUAACAACAAAUCAAACACCUGCAAUGCUGUUCAUGGGCAGAAAUCUGAGAUCUCACAUAGACCUCCUGAAACUAGACCUAUGGAGGGAAGUACAGAAUAAACAGUUCAACCAUUUGCCAAAUGAAGCAGCAAGGAGCUUCAAAAUUGGAUUGGAAGUCCUAGCAUGUGAUUACUGAGAAGACAAGCAGACACCCAGUAGGAUAGCUACAAAAACUGGACCACUGAUGUACACAGUGGAAGUUGGAGAUCAGACAUGGAAACAUCAUGUGGACCAGAUACUGGAUACUCAGCCAAAGAAAACACCUGAGUUGACUGCAUCCAACCAGAUGGACACACUACAGUCACCGGACUUAUCUCUCAGUGAUGAUCAUGUCACUGAUAGCAACAUGACACAGGAAACCAAGAACUUGUCUUAGACAAGACAGCUGCCAAACCUGAUGCCACUCCACAAGUCGAGUCAUCAUUGGUGGAAAAGAAACACUUUGAGGAAAUUGCAUUUGGACAUGGAAUUGGUCAAACAAAAAGGAUAAAAACUUUCCCCAUGAAUUUAAGUCAAUUGGAAAGCAGCAAUAAAGAGAAUUUUGUGAAAUCAAGUAUUCCAGAAACUCCUGAUGUCAGUGAAGUGGUCCCUGAAUGUCCAGUGAAUAAUGUAGAAAUUUUUACUGUUCCUGAAACACAAUUGAAGGAGAAUAUGAUACCAGUCCGCCGUUAUAGUUUUAACCAAUCAAAGGAAAAUAUAAUAGCUGAAUCUCAGCAGUUUUUGUGCCAUCCAGAUAUAGAAAAUGAGAAACUGGUUCCACAAUACAGGUUUAUUGAGAACAAAAAGAGGCAAAGUCUAUUGAAAGAUUGUGAGACGCUUCGUUCUGUUAAGCUGCCUGGGAAAAGAUUUACUAGUCCGGAUGGGGCACUGAGGUCAAAGAAGUGGAAAGGAACCCUGGUUAAAGGGAAAGGUGAUCCCGCAUCCCAAGACACAGAGGCUUCCUCCGAUAGUCUUCUAGAAGAGUGUCUAAUGGCUAUUAAGGAGACUGCUUCUGGGUCUCAGUUAUGCAGCCCUGUGAAAAGAGUUGAGAAUGGGAAGCUGCAAAGUAUGAAGACAAGACAGUGUGUAAAUAGUACUUUGAAGGUGUUCCCAUCUCCAGCUACUGUACAGAAAGAUGCAAAGUUUUGUUUGACUAGAAAGACCAAGAUGGGGAACCUACAAUUGCCCACACUUAUAGAUCUACUAAGGGAUCCUUUCCAGAGAUUAGAUACAAAACAAUAUACAAAUAUACAGAAUAAAAGUUGUGACUCUGCAUUGACUCGAGUAACUAAAACACAAUAUGAUGGCUGCAGUAAAAAGGAGAGUGAAUGGAUUCAGUCCACAGUGCCAUUGAAUAAAGUUCGGCUACAGACACUGCAAACACCCUCAAAGCUGGAUCUCCUAAAAACUCCUGACACACCUGCAGAACAUCAAUGGGAACUGUGCAAAGGGGAUACUAUACCUCACUGCAUAAAUUCAAAACAUAAAAACUGUGAAGAGACACUGACUGAUUAUACAGGCAACAAAGGAAAGGCUGUCACAGUUUUGGAGACAGAGACGUAUCAGCAUGAACUACAUGCCAAUAUAUCAAACAAAACCCAGCUUGCAGAAGUUACAUUAUCAGACAACUCACAAGAAACACAGAUGGGGAUCAAGCUACAAAGUUUCGACAGAGCAGCAAAGAUGAGCUGCCCAAGUAAGAAGUGUUCAGAUGAUGGUGUAAGCUUUCACAAGGGUCGGUUCCAAGUCGUGACAGUAAAUGACGUCCUUAGUUCCUGUGGAGAUCCUGAAAAACAUUUGACCAUUACGGUGAACCAGCCAGGUACUCUGAGUAACAACAGCACAGAGCGAUGUAUUCUGAGGGAUGAUUGGGACACCACUGAAGUCAAAGCUGGGGACAUAAUUCAUCUUGAAGGAGAGAAACACUUGGAUACCUGGAUAAUAGGAAGAGAUGUCGGGUACAUGAUCGUGAAUCCUGACCAUCUUAUUUCUGGGACUAGCGUUGUGAGUGGUAUCCGGUGUAUGCGCAGGGCUGUACUGACUGAGCGAUUUAAGGCUUGUGAAAGGGGGACAAAACAGAUGUUGGUUGGCACUUUAGUUCAUGAGGUCUUUCAAAAAGCCGUAACAAGCAGCAGGUUUACACAGCAUGAGCUGCAAGAAAUCACCUCUCAAACCGUUUGUACUCCAAAGUAUCUGGGAGAGAUGUACAGCCUGAAUUUGAGUCAAGGAGAUGUGGUGUGUGCAGUAGAAGAAUAUCUCCCAUCAUUGGUGACCUGGGCGCAGGACUAUAUGGAAGAUUCCCCUCGUUCUGGCAAAUGCCAAUUGCAACUUAAACUUCCUAGUGAUGGUGAUCUGAUCAAAUCAGAUUCAGCUUGUGCUAUCACAAUUCUUGAUAUUGAAGAUGUUGAAGAGAAUAUUUGGUCCCCAAGGUUUGGCUUGAAGGGCAAGAUUGAUGUAACUGCUGCUGUUAAAAUUCACCGCCGGUGCAGGAGCCAGAACAGAGUUGUGCCUUUAGAGCUUAAAACUGGGAAGGAAUCCAACUCUGUGGAGCACCGAAGUCAGGUUAUUCUGUACACUUUGUUGAGCCAACAACUCAGGGAAGAUCCCGAGGCUGGAUUUCUGCUCUACCUCAAGACUGGUGCCAUGUAUCCAGUACCAGGCAAUCAUAUGGACAGGAGAGAAUUGUUGAAGCUAAGGAAUCGGCUGGCUUUCUAUUUGAUGAAUGGCAUAGUAUGGACAGAGCUGAAGAAAACUAAUGCGCACCCUGCACUGCUACCUCCAGUCAUCAGUGACAAGCAGGCUUGCACAUUCUGCUCACAGCGACGUAACUGUGCUUUAUAUAGCAGGGCAGUGGAACAAGAAAUGGAGGAAUGUUUUGUGCCCACAGAUGUGAGACCGAUUCUACAUCAGCAAGUUCAGCACUUGGAACCUAUGCAUCUGCAGUACUUUAGGCACUGGUACCUCCUCUGUGUUCUGGAGGCACAUGCAAUUGAUAGCAAGGGAGGGCCCAGAAACAUCUGGAUGCACUCUGCAGAAAACAGAGAAUUGCAAGGUUGUUGUGUCGCUAAUCUAGUGCGGAGUGGUUGUGUACAAACUGUUUCUGAUGGACAAUAUCAACAUCAGUUCAGACGAAAAAGUGGGUGCAUUUCAAAAACUGCACUAAUAGUUGGAGACAGGGUUGUAGUAAGUGGUCAGGAGAAAAUGCUGUUUGCUAUGUCCUCGGGAUAUGUCACUGAAAUCAACGCCUCGCUGAUUACCUGUUUGUUGGAUCGGAAUCUCUCCAGACUCCCUCAGGAAACUGUCUUCAGACUUGAUCAGGAUGAAGGAGUUGGAAAUAUGAAUGUUCAUUUAGGAAAUCUUUCCAAAUUGAUGGAAAAAUCUGAAAUCAGUGAUAAGCUUCGAGAACUCAUCGUAGGACUGAGGCCACCACAGUUCGUUCCUUAUCUGAGCACUGUGCUCCCACCUGAAACAAAGGAAACAGUGGCUAAUAUUUUGAGAGGCCUGAACAAACCUCAGAAACAAGCAAUGAAACGGGUGCUGUUGUCAAAGGAUUACACGUUGAUUGUGGGCAUGCCUGGGACAGGGAAGACUACCACUAUCUGCACUCUGGUGCGAAUUCUUUAUGCCUGUGGUUUCAGCGUCCUCCUGACCAGCUACACCCAUUCGGCCGUGGAUAACAUUUUAUUGAAGCUGGUUAGAUUCAAAGUGGGCUUCCUGCGUUUGGGCCGGAAGCAGAAGGUUCACUCUGAUAUCCAGAAAUUUACUGAUGAGGAUAUCUGCAAAAGAAGAUCUAUCCGAAGUCUGGCUGAGCUGAAAGGGCUGUACGAGAGUGAACUGGUGGUUGCAACAACCUGUAUGGGAAUGAAACAUCCCUUAUUCGGUCAAAGACGUUUUGAUUUUUGUAUUGUGGAUGAGGCGUCCCAGAUCAAUCAGUUGAUCUGCCUGGGCCCCUUGUUUGCUGCGGAUCGGUUUGUAUUGGUGGGAGAUCAUCAGCAGUUACCACCUGUCAUUCAGAGUUCACAUGCCAGAGCUCUGGGAAUGGACGAGAGUUUGUUUAAACGUCUGGAGAAAAAUUCCGAUGCUGUGGUUCAGCUAAAUGUUCAGUACAGAAUGAACAGAACAAUAAUGUCACUCAGUAAUACAUUAAUAUACCAGGGGAAGUUAGUCUGUGGAUCUGAACAAGUGGCGUCUGCAACGUUAAAGCUGCCCAAGUGGUGUGAACUGGCCAUAGAUGUUCCAGGGGCUUCCUGGUUGAAGAGUGCUCUGGAGCCAAAUAAUCCAGUUUGUUUCCUUAACACAGAACAGGUUCCAGCCCCUGAGACUGAAGAACAGUGUGGAGUGAGCAAUGUAACUGAGGCUGAUCUGGUGUACUGUUUGAUAACAGCUUUAAUAAAGGCUGGAUGCAAGCCUUGUAAUAUCGGGAUUAUUGCACCAUACAGACAGCAGCUUAAGACGAUCUCAGUUUUGCUGAUGAGGGACAAAGCUUUCAGUGCCGUUGAGGUGAAUACGGUGGACAAAUACCAGGGCAGAGACAAAAGUGUUAUAAUUUUGUCCUUUGUUAGGAGUAACAGUGAAGGAAAGCUUGGAGAAUUAUUGAAGGACUGGCGAAGAUUAAAUGUAGCUUUGACUAGAGCAAAACACAAGCUGGUAAUGCUGGGAUGUAUAUCAACCCUGUGCCAAUAUGCUCCUUUGAAACAGUUGCUGGAUCACUUGAAGAAUGAAGAAAUGAUCAUUGACCUUCCCCCUGCAGCACACCAACUCAUUACUGUGAACAGAGCCAAUUUAUCAUUGUGAAGAUUGUGAACUGCUGCUUCCUGGUACACAACUCAGUGAACAAAUAUACUAAGAUUUUAGCAUCAUCUACCUCCUUGAUAAGUGUUGUUUUUCUUAUCAAUGUAACCUAGAUUUGAUAGUAAUUUGAAUUUUAUUGUAUUAUUAAAUAAAAUUUCAAGCCCUUAAAUUCUUAUUGCUGAAUCAAUUCAAAAAUACUUCGACCCUUUCGUGUUCUUUGUGAUAUCGAAGACAAGUAUCAUGACUGGUUUGUUUAAAGCUAACUGCAUUAAGGUUGAAAACCUUUUUUCCCACCAGGUGACUAAGCAGAGCAUUUAUAACAUCGCAGACCAAAGCAUGUAAUUGUAUAGUACAGUAUGCUCAAACCAGCAUGUAAUUGGCUACGAUCAUACUGAGCCAUUGUGAUACACCUGAACAAUGUAAGUGGGUGUGAUGUUCAGUGAUUAUGCACUUCACAGUAGCUGAACAUUUUCAUGUUGUAUAAUGUCUAUAUUCUGGUUAAAAAUUACUUAAGGGGAUUCUGAAGGACAGGUUGUAUCAAUAUUUGGAUAGGCUGGGUCUAAUGAGGGAUAACUUGGGAAGUUGUUUUUCAAAGAGGUAGGUAGCCAAUGAAUGUAGGAUAGAUGAGUGGAUGAUGGAUGAAAACACCAAGAGGAUAGGUAAGUGGACAUUGUCCAUGUGGACUUGAGCAAGACCUAUGGCAAAGUUCCUGGAUAGAGGUUAAUCCGGAAGGUUGGAUCGCAUAGAAUCUAGAAAGAGCUAGCUAAUUGGAUCCAGUGGUAGGAAGCAGAGAGUGAUAGUUGAAGGUUGUUAUCAAGGACUGGAGACAUUGGACUAGUGGUGUACUACAAGGGUUGCUACUGAGUACGUGUUCUUUUGAUUGACAAAAUGAACAAACUCAGCAUAACCACCUAGUGUAGAUAAUGGACAGCCUUCGUACAAUACUUUCGAUGAUUGCAUCCUCCAAAUCUUCAUUCUCAUUGUAACAUUGAAGAAGACUGUCUAUACCUUCAAAUUCUUUGUAGUUCCUAACUUGUUGAAGUUGUUCCGAACCCCGUAACUGGGUCACUUACCAGCAGAGAUAGAGAGGUCCGUUGAAGCCUGAUGAUACAAUUUUUAACAGUAUUUAUUAGUAAAAAUACACAAAAAUAAUAUCAAUGCAAACAUACAGAUAAUAUACGUCGUCAAUACAAAAUCUAAAAGUGUGGGUAUAAUAAUAAUCAAUAAGAAAUAAGCUCUAUCGUUGUCUAGGGGAUAAUGUGUUGUCCAAUGGAAAUAUAAAAGUCACUCAGUUCAUUCAGGCUGCAGCCUUUUGGUUGUCGCUGUGUUGCACUUUGUUGGAGUGAGAGCGAGAAAUAGGAAUAGAAUGGGAACAGUUACUGCUGUGGGUUUUCCGACCUUUAUGAGUUCGAUCCUUCGGGAGUCCCGUUGGGGUGGCCGUUCACUUGUGGCCUCUCCUUUAGCUAAAGCCGUUCUUCCGUGGUGAGGCUGCCAAUCCCAGGAAAAGGGCAAGAACACACACGAGCCCCCCACCGGCUGUCGCUAUUAAAUGCUGUCACGGGAUUUCUAGCGUUUCUCCUGGUGCAUCUAAAGGGGUUGUUCCCCAGACCCUCUUUUAUCCUUACUCACAGGGUCUCAGAUGUCAAUCAGGUUGGGAUGAUGCAAUCCCUCAACCAGCCCACUCUGGUCGUCUUCUGAGGGGCUUCAAUGAAUAGUACAGUACUCAAUACAUAAUUCCAUCUCCAAGAGACAAUGGCCGUUACCCGUGGCUUUGUCUCGCUGAGGCCAGGACACAUUCCAAACCCUGUGUAUUCUGGACGUCUCUCUCUCAUUUCCUGGGUCCCAGACCCGAAUUAAUAGCAAUCUUGUGAUUCUCAAAAAGGAGGGGGCUACUUUGUACCCUUUGGCCCCUCAGAGUUGUGGCACAUUCGUAACAAAGUAAUGAAAUCAUUUCAUUUUCACCUCCAGCUGUUUCUGGCAUCUCCAAGCCUGAAUGUUCGAAACUACAGUGAGCAAAAUGGUUCUGAAUUGUCUUGCUGCUCAUUUCUUGCAAACUAUCAGUGAAAAAAGUCACUACAUUUUGAACACAAAUACAUGUAACUUACAUGAUUUUAAAAGUGUUCACCCUAAGCACAGUGUAGUGUCCAGUGGCUACACAAGUACAAGUGACUGACGCUAGUUAGAAACUGUUAAGUCUCUUGUCCUAAUUAAGUGGUGUGAUGUCCUAAAUAAGCAAGUGGAAUCCUUGCUAUUUUCCCGAUUAGUUUUUGUUCUUUAAAAUAAGUGGCUGCCCUGAUUAACGAAUGGGCCAAUUAAAUGGAAUAUACAGAUAAGUAUUGAAGACAGCAGGGGUGUGGGACAAAGAUGUUAGGGGUAAAAUUUCAGGCUGGUCGGAUUGGAUGAAACUCGUGUUUGAUUUGUGAAGUGUGUUGGGCAGUCUUGAUACAGAUCCCAAUGGGACUGGGCCUUUAACCUUACUUCCCAUAAUUUCACUAUGUACACUGCCCAGCCACAGAAACCGUGAGUAUGUGAAGAAGAAAAUGUCUCAGCAAAUUAGGAAAAGAUGGAGGGAAGUCACAGAGCCUUUUCCUGUUCUAUAGAAAUAUAUAUUUUUCUUUGUGUGAAUAAUGAUUCUGGCGAGUCUAUACUCUUUGCACUUUGCCUUUUAGUACUUUUCUUGUAAUGAGGUGUCUAAAGCUACCCAAACAGUGCCCUACUUGGUGCUUUAUCCCAAAAUCUCUUGACAGUGAGAAGCAGAUAGGUUGAAAUUGACCUCCCUUUUUUGCCAGGUUUAUGAAUUAUGAGGGGGAUGUGUUGUAAAGAGAUGGUUGUCUCCUUUGUAGAUGAUGGAGUGUUCUUUUAAGAUGGAUUGACGUUAGCCUUACUUUUCUUACAUCAGAGUGUGGGAUGAGGGUGGUCCUUAGGCCAAUGUGUAGGUGAUGCCCGUACAGCUGAGAGAUGUUGUAACAAGAAGAUCCUUGGUUCAAGUUGUCCUGGCUCCUGAACUCAACCGUUGCCAACAGUUUCUUCACAAGUAAGCCUUGUAGAUUAAUAAGCCACCAGAUAUAAGCUCAGUUGACAAAUGACAAUGUCCCACCUACAGUACAGCACUCCUCAACCUGAGCACCCAGCCAGUCUGAAUCUUCAACUGCCUUUGCACUCCACAGCCUUGGUCAUGACUGGUUUGUGGCUUCAGCUGCUAGGCACAUGAUUUUUUUUGGACCAGUUUUUCAGAAUGCACAGCAAGCUUUUCUUAACUAAGUGUACAUAACUCACUAAAUGUACAUCCCCCUGCAGCACACUAACUCACUACUAUGAAUUGAGCCAAUUUAUCAUUGAAUAAUGUGAAGAUUGUGAACUGCUGCAUCCUGGUAUACAAUUCAGUGAAUAACAUACCAAAUUUUUAGCAUCAUUAACCUCUUCAAUAAGUGUUGUUUGUCUUAUUAAUGUAACUUAUGUUUGACUAUAAUUUGAAUAUUGUCUUAUUAAAUAAAAUUUCAAA